GCAACGGGGCCAGACCUCCACCACCACUGACACUUUUUGAUAAAAGCUGGCUACCAGGCUCUGCUUGGCCCUUCUCACAAGAACCAGACCCGCUGCACAAAUGGCUCAAGACAGAGUGCAGUACUGCCACUCAGAGAGAGACUUUAUCUUGUCCCCUCACAGCAAGAAGCUUCCUAAAAGGAUGGCAUCCCUCAUGGAGAUGAAAGAAAUCUUCCGCAACGCCGACGCCGUGUGCUUUGAUGUGGACAGUACAGUCAUCAGGGAAGAAGGAAUUGAUGAACUGGCCAAGUUCUGUGGAGUUGGAGAUGCAGUGGCAGAGAUGACCCGCAGAGCCAUGGGUGGCACGGUGACAUUCAAAGCAGCUUUAACAGCACGCCUCGGGCUCAUACGUCCCUCCUAUGAGCAAGUGCAGAAAUUAAUAUCUGACAAACCCCCUCAGCUAACACCAGGAAUAAGGGAGCUGGUGAGCAGGCUCCAUCAACGAGGGGUUCAGGUCUUCCUGGUGUCUGGUGGUUUUCAGAGCAUUGUGGAGCACGUGGCCUCCCAGCUGAACAUUCCAACAGCAAACAUCUAUGCCAACAGACUGAAGUUUUAUUUUAAUGGAGAAUAUGCAGGAUUUGAUGAAACACAACCAACAGCUGAGUCAGGGGGGAAAGGAAAGGUUAUUACCCAUCUGAAGGAACAAUUUCACUUUAAGAAAGUAGUUAUGAUUGGAGAUGGAGCUACAGACAUGGAAGCCUGUCCUCCUGCUGACUGCUUCAUUGGAUUUGGAGGAAACAUAGUCAGAAAACAAGUGAAGGAGAAAGCUAAAUGGUACAUUACUCACUUUGAUGAACUCCUAAAGGAACUGGAAGAGCGAUAAAUUAUACCUUAAAGUAAUAUAUUUAACAACUGUAAAUCCAUUAUAAAAUGCAAUUAAACAUAUAUUUGUUUGCAAA